AUGCGACAACAACUCAUCGCUUUUGCCUCUUUCGUUUCAACUGUGACGACUCUGAAAUGCAUGCAGUGCACGGGAUGGACAUGGACAUAUCCCGGGACACAGGCAAGUCCAUGCGAUAAUAUGAACAAUCAAUGCACGGCUGAUAAUAAUAAUAUGUGUGUUAGAACCACUGAUCCGAUGAGACCUGGAGCGAACUACGAAACGUUCAAAUUGGACUGUUGGAGUGGCGGGUCGACAAUUCAAGUGCUGCCAAAUCAACCGCAACCUGUCGCUUCAGGACAAUGCUUCAACACACAAGAUGGAUCGAAUCCACCAAGAAGACAAAAAGUCUGUUUCUGCAACAAUGCCGAUUGGUGUAAUGGAGUUGAAACAAAAAAUUUCUUCAUUUACUCUCUCAUUUUUCUCAUGGCUUUUUACUUCACUUUG